GCAUAAAGGAUUUAGAAAAGAUUGUCCGGAUGGAAAACUGACUUUAGAGGGUUUUACAAAAAUCUAUCAACAAUUUUUCCCGUUCGGCGACCCAAGCAAGUUUGCUAACUUUGUCUUCAACGUCUUUGACGAGAAUAAGGAUGGUUUCAUCUCAUUUAGUGAAUUUUUACAAGCGCUUUCUGUGACGUCACGUGGGACGGUGGAGGAAAAAUUAAAAUGGGCAUUUAGGCUGUACGACCUUGACAAUGAUGGCUAUAUAACACGUGACGAGCUAUUAGAUAUUGUUGAUGCAAUAUACAGGAUGGUGGGCGAGUCCGUCACUUUACCCGAGGAAGAAAACACGCCAGAGAAAAGGGUCAAUAGAAUUUUCCAAGUUAUGGAUAAGCAUAAACGACUACGUAAUCUCCAAUGUAAUAAAGAUGACCAGUUGACAUUUGAAGAAUUUCUAGAAGGUUCUAAAGAAGACCCCACCAUAAUCCAAGCCUUGACGCUGUGUGACUCAGGACAAGCUUAACCUAUCACCUUUAACCUUUGCCUUAUAUUCUAUGCCACACUUUUAUUUUGUUCACAUAAACUCAUCUAAACCUUUCCACACUAUUCUCCCGUUUUAAUCGGAAGUUUUUUUUUUUUUUAAAUUGUUUUUAUUUUAUUUUAAACUAACAUUUUUUAUGAGAGCUGUGUGUUGAUUGGAUAAAGCACUACGUCAAAUUUAUUUUCAUUGGAUGAUUAUUUAUGUCUUUAUUUUCUGAGCUCAACUUAAUGCAACAUUAUUUGUGUUUGUGGUGAUUAAAAUGAAUGCAUGUUUUGAAUUUCUAUCAAUUGAUUACAAACAUUUUAUUUAAAUAUUAUAAAUGUAAUUUUAUAAAAAUAGAAUUCAAUAAAUUUUUAUGGAAUUAAACAUACAAAAUAAAAAUUAAGAAAAAAAAUUGUGAUUUCCGGUGAUGCACUUAGAUAUAACCGUUAGAGAGGCACGUUGAUUUUC